GGGGGACACCACUGGUCACCACCUCCACCUGGACAUAGAGUCAUUGACCACCGUCCUCUGACUGGGACCAUUCAACCAAUUCCUUAUCCACCAAAUAGUCCACCCUUCAAAUCCAUAGCUCUUCAAAAUGGAAAAUAAGGAUGUGGUGAGGAACCUUGUCAAAGGCCUUGGAGAAGUCCAGGUAGAUGGCAUCAGUUGCCCUUCCUUUGUUCACCAAUGUCAUCACUCCACCAUAGAAGACCACCAGAUUGGUCAGACAUGGCCUUCCCCUGGUGAAGCCAUGCUGACUGUCUCAGAUCACCCACUCAUCCCUCAUGUCUUCCAGGAGGAUCUGUUCCAUGAUCAUCCCAGGCACAGAGGUGAGGCUCACCAACCUGUAGUUAUCCAGGAAGGAGAAUUUGGAUUGUUUUUGCCAUUGCUGGGACAAUGGGAAGGGUGACAGGAUCAGCAGUCUUUAGGAGAAAUGCUCUGUUCCUACCAGCCUCUCCUUGCUGCCUUGGUUUACAAGAUACUUCAGGCAGGGUAGCACCAAGAGCACCCCCUCUGAAAGCUGCUUUUUAGUAGAAGUUGACUAGUAUUAGUAUUGAAGAGAUUAGUUGAUCUAGUUAAAAUAUGCCAUUAAAACAGGAAGAGUAUCCAAUACCUUCUCUAUUCAUUCUGAAGCUUUGAGGAUGAUUCAUAGUGGGGUCAACAUCAGCAUGUAAACUGGUCUAAUGCAAGUCUAGCUUUACCACCUGAUGUUUUAGAAAUAGAACAAGAUGAAUCUGGUCAGGCAGAAGGAACAGGAGACAAACAGCCAUGUGGUAUUUUGAGACAUUCAAUUGCAAUUUGGAAGAACCAGGUUCACAUAGAAUCAUAGAAUCGCUAAGGUUGGAAAAGACCCACAGGAUCAUCAAAUGCAGCUGCCUUGACUGAAACUGAAAAAACAUCCUGCUUAAAGGGAUAAACUCUCUCUGAUGGGUGGUUUUGGAAGGAGAAUCAGGCAAAGUGGCUCCAGGCAACUGGGGCUUCGUGGGACUAGGGCUGUCUGCAAAGCUGAUGUCACCACCAGUUUCCUGUUGAUCAUCAUGCUGUUUGUCAUCAGCUUCAACCUCCUCUUUGGGGUGGUGAAGAAGAGGGAACGCCUCCUGAUCCCGUUCCUUGCUCUACAAGUCAUGGACUUUCUCCUCAGCCUCCUAACAAUGUUCAGUUCCUAUAUCCAAGUCCCAGCCAUGGUUUCAGUGUCAUCCCUCAGACACACGCAGGAACACCUGAAGACCCCUUUCCUGGCUCUGCAGCUGCUGGACUUCUGCCUGAGCAUCCUGACCCUCUGCAGCUCCUACAUGGAGGUGCCCACCUACCUCAGCCUCAAGUCUGCAGACAACAGGGGCUUUUUGCCAGCCCUGGAGAAGUUACCAACAGAGGAGUAUGCCAAAGUGAUGGUCACCUUCACUGUUGCAUUCAUUGCUGUCCUCUUCUUGAAGGCCUAUAUGUUCAAAUGUGUCCUGAGCUGCUUUAAGUAUAUUAAAGCCAGUAAGAGAGAGGAGGUGAAAGUGGACACACAGGCAGUUGAGAAGGCCGUGCUGCCAUCUUACGAGGAAGCCUUGGAGUUGCCAUCCAAGGAGUGUCCACCGCCCUAUGUAGCAGUCUAAGCUCUACUCAUGGAGAGAAGACAGUUCUGCUGUUGGUGCCUCCUACCCCUUCUGUCAGAUACUCAGCCAAACUGAGAAGCCCUUACUUUACAGCAGCAUCAAGCUUGUUGCACUCUAGCUCACUUUAUGAGCCUAUGAAGAGCAGUGAUAAACCACUAGAGCUGGUGCCUCAUUCCACACUGGCAGUUUUGAGCUGUUACUACUGAGUUGCAGUGCUGAUUUUAAUAAACUUGGCACCAGGCAUCUUAGAGGUUCCCAUCACUGGGCUCUGACAUCUGCCAGGCAUUUGUCCUGGAUCCCUUGGUAGGCUUAUUUACCCCAGCAGGAUGCUGUUUCUUAUCUGUCUUACAUUUCUAACCCAGCAGCUGAGGCAUUUAAGAAGUAGAAUGAGGGGAAAAACAAGCAAUAACCUUUUUUCUGCUUUCUGAGGUAGCCCAGCCCUGAAGUAUACUAUGCUCACUAGCAUCUUUUAAUGAGGACCUAAGGGAAAGGAGUUAGCAAAAGAAUUAAGUUCUCAACAACACACUCUCAUUCUGUCUGCUUAUGAUCAUGAUUGAAUUUGUACUCCAGCAUAUAAAACUCCAGCAUAUAAAAUGCUGGAAUUGUGACAGUGUUGCUCUGCCAUUUUAUACCCAAGAGUAUGCUUUUUCUAUUAUUUUUUAUUUUUUGGCUUUUACUGUGACUUGAAAGAUGAGUUUUAAUAAUAAAAAACCUGUUAACAGCUUCAA